GUCAAUUAGAAGUGUCAAAGUCAAGAACAGCUGUUAUCAAAAUGCCUUAGUUAUCAAACUGCAAACACCCGAGAGAAUGUAAAUAAAGCUAAUUGUUCUUAAAUGAAAAUUAACAAAUAAUUUAGCACGAUGUGUUCUAAAGGAGCAGCUAUAGCUGAACUAUUUACGAAAGCAAUUGCAACUACAAAAGGUUUCGAUCAAAACCUUCGAAAGUUGAAAGUAGUAUGCUGUGAUAAUGGACGAAUGACAACUGAAUUCCAAGUUGGACCGGAACAUCUUAAUCAGCGUGGAACAUUGCAUGGUGGAUUCAUAGCACAUUUAGUAGAUGCUGUAUCCACAUAUGCACUCACAACUAAUGAAAAAGUUGACACAAGAGGAGUCUCCAUAGAACUAAGUGUGAGCUACAUGAGUGCUGCCAAAGUUGGAGAUAAUGUCGAAGUAGAAGCUAUCACAAAGAAGGUUGGAAAGAAAAUAGCUUUCCUAGAAGUCCUAGUGAAGAAUAAGGAUAAGAAUCAGUUGUUAGCUACCGGUAGACACACUAAAUAUAUAGGAAUAUAAUACAUCUGGCUUGUAGGUACCUAAUUGUAGAUAUUUUGUUGUAGUAGUAUAAACUAAACAGUGUUAAUCCCAUAUGUACAAACAUAUUUUGUUUUAGAUUUUUCUUUAAAUUUUAUUUAAAUAAAAUAUUCUUAUCCUGUCUAUUUUCUAAUUUUAAGUAUUGUAUUGUAGUAAUAGGUUAUUUAGAAUCUACCUACUUCAGUUAGGAAGUACUAAAAUUCACACACAAGUAAUUAAAUGUUUCAUUUGCAUCAUAAAAAUUUACAGUUGAUUACAGCAGCUCAAAUUGAAACAGGUGCUUAGUUAUCUAAGGAUUUAAAUUGGAAUAAAACAACACUUAAUAUUUUCACAUUUUAUUAAACACCCGAUAUAUUGACACUACAUUGUAACAGAUUUAAAAUACGGAAUAUAAUUUUAAGCCUGCCAUAUCCUGACCCCUGUAAAAUUACUCCCAAUGGGGAGUGCCAAAUUCUUAGGUCUAAUAAUUCGUACCGUCAUAAAGGUGCUAGUUCUUGACUCUAGAUAUUUUAAAUUCCUUAUCAGUUGUCUGUGACACGAUGCAAGUAUUUAUCCUGAGUAAUCCUGACAUAUAAAACAUUGCCGUGGAAAAGAGACAGCACUAUAUGUGCUAUCUAUACCAUCACUUAGUAGACAAAUUACAAUAUUCAUUAACAAACCGAGGCACUUACAUUCAAACAGACAAGAUCUUACUUAUCAAAUAAUCUAGACACCUUUAUCUUUCCCAGUCAUUCUUUCUUAGGUAAUUAAUAACUUUAAUUUAAUGGCUAAUUUUAUAAUGGUAAAUGCUUUAAACGUUUCAUUGAACAUCUACUACUACACACUACUUUUUGAGGUAGUUUUAUUAACCUGCUCUUGCUUGACAAAAAUGUACAUGACCACUCAUCUGAGACGUGAGAUAAGGGCUUUAAAAAUUGGAUCGUUAGUUACUUCAAUUGUGUACUAGGUACUACUUAUUUCUAUGUUGUGUGGUCUAUAGGUAGGCAGUCCAGCUUUAUUAUGAUUUCGCGUUGAAACUCGCGAAAAACGAACUUGCAACCAAUCUUACUACCCCCACAACUGCGGCAGAAACAAAUUAGGUAUAAGUUAACACCUAAGC